AAACUCGUGAAAGAAGCAAGAAAACUGGAGACGACAAAAAAUUUGUCAAAUAGAAAACCAGUAGCCCCACAAAAAAAGCUCUGCUGAAAAUUUAAACAAAAAACAAAAAAAAAUGUCGCUUUUCGAAAAUCCUGAUAGCAUACGCAUGCUACGCGAUUUACUCACACCGCCCGAGGAACGCGACCAUUCAGACACCGAUGAGGACGACGAUGAGCCGGUCGCCAGCACCACCAAGCAAUGCAACCAUUUCACGCCCGCACAUUUUGGCAACGCCAGCAAUGCAGGUGGCAGCAAACAAAAACAAGCCGAACCAGCCCUGCCACAGCCAACAAGCAUCGAAGAAUGGCAACAGCAGCAGGAGCAGGAAGACAAUGAGAUUUUAGAGACACGCCAGCGACCCGAAUACAGUAUGACCUAUCGGCAGGCGGUGGGCACGGAGGACCUCUAUCUGCAGAUGGGCAAUCGCACUAAUGCCACGGCCAGUUGUGAGGAUUUGUUGCUGGAGAUACUGCUGCCGGACGAGACGACACCGGCGGAUAAAAUGGAUUUGUCAAUUACCGAAGAUGAAGUGGAUUUGGCGACGCCAAUUUAUCGCCUCAAAUUGCCACUGCCGCACAAGGUGAACGUGGAUCGCUGCCGGGCCAAAUAUGUUGCUGAGCAGCGCAAACUCUGUCUGACGUUGCGACUGCAACGUGAAUUCGAUUAUGUGAACUUUUAGAAAUGCCAAGCGCCGCUAAGCUGCUGCUGCUGCUGCUCAGCGCUCGAUAGUUGCUGCACAAGCAAAAGCAAAAAACUAACAAACAACAACAACACAUUGUACAAUAUGAAAAUGUAAAUGCGCUGCAGUGGAUUUGUUUCUGCGCUACUAUAUUUUGUAUGCAAUAAAUUUUAUUGAGCAGCUAAUAAAUGUA